AUGAGCAAGCGCCAGCAGUCCAUCAUGUCGUUCUUCGGCUCCAAGCCUGCCGGGGACGAGCCAGCCGAGGCGCCCAAGGCCAAGCCGGCGCCGGCAACACCUGAGGCCAAGCAGCCGUCGACGAAGAAGCCGGCGUCAAAGAAGGCGACGCCCGCCAAGGAAGAGGCAGCGCCCAGGAAGAAGAAGGUGGACGAAGCGUCUGCAGCGCCUGGCCGCAAGCGCUUGAAGCGCAGCGUCGUCGACGAUGAUGAUGAUGACGAUGAUGACGACGAUCCGUUUGCGGCCAAGAAGGUGCCUGCAAAGAAGGCGGUGGCCGAGUCGGACGAGGAACAAGAAGACGAGGCAAUGGGCAUACAAGAGGACGAAGUCGUGGCUGCUAGCAACGUCGAGUCAGACGAAGAUGUCGAAGCGCCCACGAAGGCUGCGACGCCCAAGAAGGAACCUGCGACCACGGAGUCAAAGGCGGCAGACGAAGAGACCGACAAAAAGCCAGCCGACGAGUCCUCGAGCGGAUUCUUUGCCAAGAAGACCGAGAUGCCCAAGAAGGAGUCCACGGCGACUCCAGCCAAAGCCUCGUCAACGGCUACCAUGGGCGACGUCACUGGGUACAAGGAGAAGGAGAAGGACCCCAAGAAGCGCGGUGGCUGGAAAGCUGGGGAUGCCGUCCCGUACGCGGCGCUUGCGCGUGUGUUUGCGCUUAUCGAAGAAACCUCGGGCCGUCUCGUGAUCCAAGACACCUUGGCCGACUUUCUCCGCAGCGUGAUUGAGCUUACGCCGUCCGAGCUCGUGCCGUGCAUUUACCUCUGCGUCUGCACCGAGCUCGCGCCGGCGUACGAGAACGUCCAGAUUGGCAUCGGCGAUGCGAUUCUCAUCAAGUCAAUUGGCGAAGCCACGGGCACGAACGCCAAGUUUGUGAAGGAGCUCUAUCAAAAGGAAGGCGACCUCGGCAAAGUCGCGCUCAACGCCCGCUCCAAGCAGAGCACGCUCUUUACAUUCCAGAAGCCCAAGCUCCUCUCGGUGCAGAACGUCUACUCGGACAUGGUCAAGAUUGCCCGUAUGACGGGCAACAACUCGCAAGCGAGCAAGUGCUCGAUCAUCAAAUCACUCCUCGUGCGCUGCGACAAGACGUCCGAAGAGGCCAAGUACGUCAUUCGCGGCCUCCAGGGCAAGCUGCGCAUCGGCCUUGCCGGCCAAUCGAUCCUUAUGGCCCUCACACAAGCCUUUCUCCACGUCAAGGAAGCCAACGACAAGCUCAAGCAAGCGGAAGCGCUCAAGUGCGUCAAGCGCGCGUUCUCGGAAUUUCCCAACUACGAAACACUCGCAGCAGCGCUGCUGACGAUUUUUGAGCGCGAGAACGGCGGGAAGGGCCUCCACGCUCCGCAGUUUGAAGAGCUCGCGGUCAUGUGCCACCUCACGCCGGGCGUGCCUGUCUCGCCGAUGCUCGCGCGGCCAACCAAGUCGUACGCGAUGGUCCUCGAUCGGUUCCAGGACCAGCCAUUUACGUGCGAGUACAAGUACGACGGCGAGCGCGCGCAGAUCCACAUCCUCGAGUCGGGCGAGAUUAGCAUCUUCUCGCGCAACUUUGAAAACAGCACCGAGCGCUUUCCCGACGUCAAGCUCAGCAUCCUCAAGGCGGCGCGAAAGAACAACGUGACGAGCUGCAUCGUCGACGCCGAGGUCGUCGCUGUCGACAAGACGACGAACCAGCGCCUGCCGUUCCAAGUGCUCAGUACUCGCUCCCGCAAGAACGUUGUCCUGAGCGACAUCAAGGUCCAAGUGUGCAUCUAUGCGUUCGACGUUAUCUACCUCAACGGCGAAUCGCUGCUCAAGGAGCCGCUCCGGAAGCGCCGUGAGAUCCUCGAGACCAUGUUCGAGAUUGAGGACGGCUCGUUUGAGCUCGCGACGUCGCUCAACGUCGCCAACACGAAAGAGGACGACAUGGAGACGACCGUUGAGAUCGUGCGCAACUUCCUCGAGGAAGCCGUCAAGGGCAACUGCGAAGGCCUCAUGGUCAAGACCCUCGAGAAAGAAGCCACAUACGAGCCGGCCAACCGCUCCCACAAGUGGCUCAAGCUCAAGAAGGACUAUCUCGAUGGCAUCGGGGACUCGACCGACCUCGUGCCCGUCGGGGCCUUCUACGGCAAGGGCAAGCGCACGGGCGUCUACGGCGCGUACCUCCUCGCGUGCUACGACCCCGAGACCGAGAUGUACCAGUGCAUCACCAAGCUCGGGACGGGUCUCUCGGACGAGGUCCUCCAGCAGUUUUACACCCAGUUCAAGGACAAGACGAUCGAUAAGCCGCGCAACGACUACGAGAUCAACGACACGAUCAAGCCGGACGUGUGGUUCGAGCCCAGCACGGUUUGGGAGAUCCUCGGCGCCGACCUCUCGAUCUCGCCCAAGUACACAGCCGCGAUCGGCCACGUCGCCAAGGACAAGGGCAUCUCGCUGCGCUUCCCGCGCUUCAUUCGGCUGCGCGAAGACAAGAAGACGACGCAAGCCACGACAGCCGCCCAGAUCGCCGACUUGUACCGCGCGCAGGGCCUCAACACGACCAACGACGGCGGCGACAACGACGACGACGACCUCUUGUGAACCCUUGUAUGAUACAACCCAAGGAGCUACCCAAGAUACUGCAAUCUCGAGUCUUCUGAAAAUAAGAUCUGUCCGGAGCAUCCGGAUACGAGCAACUUCAACGUGAACUGCAACCGUCGACGUCGCGAGCAUCACGAGGCGAGUUGGCGCA